UAUCGUAACAAGAGUAAAAUGGAAGAUCCAGCUACAGCACGCUUAAAAGCUUUAAUUGUAAACAGUAAUGAUGCUUUAGAAUUCAAAUUGAUUCGUACUGUAGGAGAUCUGGAAAAUGAUGAAACUACUUUCAAACCAGAAAUGUCUCAUCAAGUAUUUGGAGACAGUGAAUCUAUAUUUGGUUACCGGGAUCUCAAAGUGAAGCUAUACUACUCAGCAGGUUGUUUAGAAACUUAUUUGGGCAUGACUUAUUCAGAGAAAGUAAACAAAAUGAUUUGCGAAGGAGUUGAAGCUGACGAAGUGUUGCCUAAAAUUGUAGAAAAACUUGCGCCACAAGUACACGAUAACUUAGAUCUAUUUAUUAAAUCUUUGGAAAAAGAUGAUACAUUCAGACCUCAAGGAGAAUUAUUGCAUUCAUUUUCAGUUAAUGAUGAAGGUUAUACAAGAAAAUUUGAAGUCUAUAAAGCAGAUAUGACAUAUAAAGGCUUUAAGGAGUACCACCAACGUCUCCAAACAUUUGUCCUUUGGUAUAUAGAUGCUGCUAAUUUCAUAGAUAUAGACGACGAUCGAUGGCAUUAUUUUAAUAUGUUUGAAAAAUAUUACACAGCAGAUGGUAAUGUUCGCUAUGCAACUACGGGCUUUGCUACCGUGUAUCAGUAUUAUGCAUAUCCACAUCAUACUAGACCCCGUAUAGCUCAGGUUUUAAUACUACCACCGUUUCAAAACAUGGGUCUUGGCGCUCAUUUAUUACAUGCUAUUUAUCGCGAAUAUAUAGGAAGGAAUCAAGUGAAGGAUAUCACAGUUGAGGAUCCGUCAGUGACUUUCCAACGAUUAAGAGAUUAUGUGGAUGCAAUCAACUGCAGCACGUUACCUAGUUUUUCAUGUGAAUACCUGCACCAAGGUUUCAAUAAAGCUAUGGCUGUGGAUGCGAAGGAAACAUUCAAGAUAAAUAAGAAACAAUCUCGUAGAGUAUAUGAAAUUUUGAGAUUACGCGCAACAGAUUUAACAAACGAGCACAUGUAUCGUGAAUAUAGAUUAGAUGUAAAAAAGAGGCUGAACAUCCCGUAUAAACGUGAACAGAACGAUCUGAGAAAAUUGGAGUGUGCAUUAAGACACAUUGAUCAGAAAUCAAACGUAACGUUACCAGCAUUGGAGCAACGUUUGCAAACGCUCGAGAAAGAAUAUAGAAGCUUAGAGGAGGAAUAUAAAAAAGUUAUUAAACGCUUGGAAGAUGCAGAUGAACUUUGAAAUUGAAUAUUUUUUCAUUUCUCAUUUUUAUUAAGUCAUAUAUAUAUAUGUAAAUCAAUUAUACUAUUACAAUGUGAAUCAUUGGC